AUGGCGUUUCCGGGCACCACGGGAACAUCGAUUCCAAUGACCAGCCUGAGCGGCGGAAACCCUGCUACCCAGGGAAUGAACGAACAGGAAGCCGCCAUGGUCAAAAUGAUGCAACGUGGUAUGGAGUCCUGCCCCAUCAAGACCGCCAUGGCAGGUACCAUGGGAUUCGGUCUUGGAGGAGCUUUCGGUCUCUUCAUGGCUAGUAUGUCCUACGACUCAACCUUCACCCCUCAGGGCCGCGCGAUCGCCGAUCUCCCCUGGCGCCAGCAAGUCCGCGCAGGUUUCAAGGACAUGGGAGCUCGCUCUUGGUCCUCUGCCAAGAACUUCGGUAUCGUUGGUGCGCUUUACUCAGGCACUGAGUGCUGCAUCGAGGGUCUCCGUGCCAAGAACGACCUCACCAACAGUGUCGCGGCCGGUUGUCUCACCGGAGGAAUUCUCGGUGCAAAGGCUGGUCCCCAGGCUGCGGCUUUCGGUUGCGCUGGCUUUGCAGCAUUCAGUGCUGCUAUCGAUGCCUACAUGAGAAUGCCUGGCGACGACGACUAA